CAGUACGGGACCAAGAGACGUUUCUGUCGCGCUGCAUCCAGGGAGUGUCGCGACGCGCUGCUGGAUGGAGAUGUAACCUCCUAUGACAUGGAGAAUGGGUAUACGCGUCACUGCAUCACGGACUGGAAAGAUGUGGGCAUUGUGGUCGAAUUGGGCACGUUCUGCAUGAUCAAUCACAUCCGCAUUCUGCUCUGGGACAGAGACAGCCGGGCGUACUCCUACUACGUUGAGGUGUCCGGCGACCAGACCACCCACAACACUUUGAACCGGGUAUUCCAUGUGGUGUGUCUGGAAGCCAAGCACACGGCCAAGUUGCAGCGUUUAGUUGAACAUUUUGUGGCGCCCAAGACGAACGUGGCCACCGUCGAGAUGAGCGCCAUUGUGACGGAAGGCGUGAGUCGCACCCGCCACGCGCUAAUCAACGGCGAUUAUCUGCACUACGACUGGGACUCGGGGUAUACUUGCCACCAAUUGCGCAGCGGUGUGCUCUUCUUCAGUUUGGGCCAACCCUACUAUUUGGGUUCAAUGAGGAGUUGCUUGGGGACCUCGAUGAUCGCAACUACAGCUUCUACAUCGAAAUUUCGACGAACCGCAAGGAUUGGAUGAUCGUCGACCGCCGCAACGACAGCAUCCGCUCCUGGCAGAACUUCCUCUUCACUCUGCGUCCAGUGGUCUAUAUCCGCAUUGUAGGCACACGCUACA